AUUUCUUCUAUCGGUCCAAGGUAAGCUUGUGACAACGUGUCGGGGUUUAAUCGAAAAUUUGCUUUAAUUUUCUAAGUAAAUACCAUGCCGUCAGUCACAGUGAAGGACGUUGAUCAACACAAAUUUGUGAGAGCCUUUGCGGCUUUUCUGAAGAUGUCCGGCAAAAUGAAGGUCCCCGACUGGGUUGACCUUGUGAAGACAGCUAAGUUUAAGGAGCUUGCGCCCUAUGAUGAGGACUGGUAUUUCACCAGGUGCUCUGCCAUUGCCAGGCACAUGUACAUUAGGGCUCCAAUCGGCGUUGGGUCCACGACAAAAAUUUUCGGAGGACGCAAGCGCAACGGAGUAAGCCCAUCUCACUUCUGCCGAAGCUCAGGAUCAGUAGCCAGAAAGGCUCUCCAAUCCCUGGAGCAGCUUAAGCUGGUCGAGAAGACUCCCGACGGUGGUCGCCGUCUCACCUCCCAAGGGAGGAGGGAUCUUGAUCGUAUUGCGGCCCAAGUUAAGGCAAAGAAGUGAUUAUAUCCAUAUAAUAAAAUUUCAUAAACUCGACAA